AUGAAAGAUUUGGACCUCGAUGUGUAUCUGGUGCCUUCGGACGAUCCGCAUUUGUCAGAAUACGUCCCCACGGCCUACGAACGUCGUGCCUUUUUGACAGGCUUCAAGGGUAGUGCUGGAACGGCCGUGAUUACACAGGAUGCUGCCUGUCUCUGGACCGAUUCUCGCUACUGGAACGAAGCGGGUCUGCAAUUGGACCCUGAUUGCUGGACUUUGCAAAAGGCCGGACUUGCCGAUACCCUCACCAUUCCCAAAUGGCUAGCCGCGGCAGCGGUGAAAAAGUACGGCCAGAGUGAUCCUCAAACACCGCUCAAAGUCGGUAUGGAUCCAUUCGUGCACGCGGCCUCGUUUGCCAAGGAGCUCGAAACGGCCUUUGCGGAAGCCGCCGCCGACGAACUGAAUAUUGCGGACGGGGAGGCAACGAAAAUUGGAGUUCUGGAUACUUCCAACGAAAAUUUGGUUGAUCCUAUCUGGACGGACCGACCGGAAGUUCCAACUUCACCAUUCCGCGUCCAUCCGAUGGAAUACGCUGGCGUGAGCUUAGAGGACAAGAUUACCGCAGUACGCAAGGAAAUGAAGGAGAAAAAGGCUACCAUGACGGUGCUUUGCACCCUAGAUGAUGUGGCCUACUUUCUAAAUAUGCGUGCCAUGGGAGACAUCGACACUUGUCCGGUUGGUAUUGCCUAUGUGACGGUGGAGGCUGAUCAAAUUUCCUUAUACUGUGAUCCCCGUAAAGUGGAAUCCUCGGCCGUUCAAUCUCAUUUAAAUGAUGCUGGUGUCACAAUCAAGCCUUACGAUAGCGUUGUGGCAGAAGUGGAUGCUCACUGCCAGACAGCGGGUAACAAGGUUUGGAUUGAUCUGUCUCGAGCCAACUACGCUCUAAGCGCCGUCAUUCCAGAAAAGAGUUUGAUCAAUUCGCAAAACGCGGUGACUCCCAUGAAGGCUUGCAAAAACGACGCCGAACUGGAAGGGAUACGCAAGGCCCAUAUUGUGGACGGAGUAGCCAUGGCCAAAUUUAUGGCUUGGCUGACGGAAGAGAUUGUCGGCAAAGGUAGAUCCGUCUCCGAAGUGGAGAUCGACGAAGUGUUGACGUCCUGUCGCGCUGAACAGCCUGGGUUCAAAGAAGUUUCGUUCCCCACUAUUGCCGGCGUUGGUCCUAACGGAGCGAUUGUGCACUACCGAGCCAGCACCGACAGCGAUCUGAUGCGUCAUCUCGACACUGUGAACCCCAUUUUGAUUGAUUCAGGCGGUCAGUACGAAUAUGGCACCACAGAUGUGACGCGUACAUGGCACUUUGGCAAGCCUACGGACGAGUUUGUCGAUUACUACACGCGCGUCCUGAAGGGAAAUAUUGGCGUUGACGUGAUGCAGUUUCCAGAAAACACUCCUGGAUUCGUUUUGGACGUGCUUGCGCGGCAGAAUCUUUGGGCGAUUGGAAAAGAUUACGGCCACGGAACCGGCCAUGGAGUCGGCGCUGCUUUGAACGUGCACGAAGGACCCAUGGGAAUUAGCCCUCGUUGGACCAACAAGGAAGUUUUGAAGAAUGGCAUGGUGCUUUCGAAUGAACCAGGCUACUAUGAGGACGGCAAGUUCGGGAUUCGUAUUGAAAACUUGAUGGAGAUUCAAUACGUAAACCCGGGACACAACAAUGCGGAGGAAGAAAGCAGUAGCGAGAAGAAGUUCUUUAAGUUUUCAAAACUUACCAUGAUUCCAAUUCAGACGAAUCUGAUCAAUGUGGACCUACUGUCAGCCGACGAAAUGAAUUGGCUGGAUUCUUAUCAUGAAGAGGUGCUCGAAAAAGUUAGCCCACAUUUGGACGAAGGCAGUCCGGCACUGCAGUGGCUCCAGCAGUCAUGCAAGCCUAUUGACCGUAAAGGCCGCUGA